AUGAUAGGAGCUGAUAUAGGUACUGGCUGGGUCGAUCAGGCAGGAAAUGUUCAUUUUCAAGACAGACAUGCAUUCAAUUUUUCACGACCUGUCAUCGACAAUACAACGCAAGAUUGGUUUCAUCUGCAAGGUCGUGAACAAAAUGGAUGGACAUGUAUUCAGUUUAAACGUUUGCUUGACACAUGUGAUUCAAUGGAUGUUCGAAUCAGGUCUGGAACCAACAUUGUCAUUUUUGCCUAUGGUCUUGUCGAUCCCGAUUUGUCUCGACAGGAUGGUGACAUAUCAUAUCAUGAUGAUCGACGAGGUACUCGAAUGAUUCCACUUCAAUCUUAUGGAAAUCCACCAUCGGAGGACAAAUUUGCUGGACUGGAUUCGUUCGAGUUUCGCUUGAACAAUUAUCGAGUUCCAUCGACUGAAACAACCUAUCAUUGCAAACACAAGGCAUUGAUCGAUCCAGCUAAUCGUGAUAUUGUACAUCAUCAGCUUGUUUACGAAUGUGAUCCUGCUGCUAUAUUCGACGAUGCCAAUCUGCCUGAGGGUCUGUGCGAUGAAAUCAAUCCUCAAAUUGAACUGUGCACAACAAACAUUGCCAGCAUAUGGGCUGUCGGUGGCGACUAUGUAUGUUUCUUUAAUGCCAAGAAAAAUAAUGCGCAUAUAGAGUUUGAAUAG